GCGGCGGUUGGCGGCGGGCGGGGCGCAGCGGCGGUUGGCGGCCGUUGGGGCGGCCGCGCACUACAAGUCCCAGGGUGCCGCGGGCGCGGCCGUCGGAGCCAGGCUGCCGAGUCGCCUUCCCGCCGCCAGAGCUGGGUGACAUCUGUGCAGCAUGGUGGUGGCCUGAGAAGCAUGAGGCUGUGGUGCUGGGGGCCCUGAAGGCCAGUGGGCUUGUGGGAAGGAAUGCUACGGUGGGCAGUGCACUUGGAAGGCGGGCCCCGGAGGGUGAACCACGCUGCUGUGGCUGUCGGGCACAAGGUGUAUUCCUUUGGCGGCUAUUGCUCUGGAGAAGACUAUGAGACUCUACGGCAGAUUGAUGUCCACGUUUUUAAUGCAGUGUCUCUGCGCUGGAUCAAGCUGCCUCCAGUGUGGACAAACAGCCGAGACCAUGUGAGAGAGGUGCCCUAUAUGAGGUAUGGGCAUUCAGCAGUGCUCAUAGAUGACACCAUCUACAUAUGGGGUGGUCGCAACGACACUGAGGGAGCCUGCAACGUGCUCUAUGCCUUUGAUGUCAACACACACAAAUGGUUCACACCAAAGGUGUCUGGAAUGGUCCCAGGAGCAAGAGAUGGGCACUCAGCUUGUGUCCUGGCAAAGAGCAUGUUUAUCUUCGGAGGCUACGAGCAGCUGGCUGACUGCUUUUCUAAUGACAUCCAUAAAUUGGACACCACAAGCAUGAUGUGGACCUUAAUCUCUGCCAAGGGUACACCAGCUCGUUGGAGAGACUUCCAUUCAGCUACCAUCAUUGGAACAAAGAUGUAUGUGUUUGGUGGCAGAGCUGAUCGGUUUGGGCCAUUUCAUUCCAACAAUGAGAUCUACUGCAACCGGAUUAAAGUGUUUGACACAGAAACAAACUCCUGGCUGGACUCCCCUCCAACUCCAGUGCUCCCUGAAGGCCGGCGGAGCCAUUCAGCCUUCAGCUACAAUGGGGAGCUAUAUGUAUUUGGUGGCUACAACGCGCGCCUGAACAGACACUUCCACGAUCUCUGGAAAUUCAAUCCAGUCUCUUUUUCUUGGAGGAGGAUUGAGCCCAAGGGGAAAGGCCCAUGUCCUCGACGCCGGCAGUGCUGCUGCAGAGUGGGGGACAAAAUCAUUCUCUUUGGAGGCACCAGCCCAUCUCCGGAGGAGGGAAUGGGUGAUGAAUUUGACCUGAUGGAUCACUCGGAUCUCUACAUCCUCGACUUCAAUCUAUCUCACGUGUCUUUCGAGGAACUACUGCGGAUGCAGAACAGUAUGGGAACAAGAGCAUAUCAGGAGACUGGUGGGAAGAAGACUGCAAAUCCUACCAAACCCAGGAUAAAGCAGCAACAGAGCAAAAAGGGGCCAGUGGAGAUGUCUGCCAAGAAACCUGUGUCUUUUCUGCGACAAGUGGUCCCUGUUACGAAGAAGGUCCAGCGAGACCCUCGAUUUGAUGAUCUGUCUGGAGAGUAUAACCCUGAAAUAUUUCUGAAGACAUACAGCUUCCUGGACAGCAUCAAGAAGCAGGAGAAGGAGAUGAUUCAGAAACAGCUGAAAAAAUGCCGGAAUGUGGAGCAGAAGGAGAAACUGCAGCAGCUCCUGAAGCGCGUGACACAGCAAGAAGAGGAGCAGAAAAAAAAGCAGAAAUGGAGGGAGAGGGAGCUGUCUUUGAAGAGACAGCAGCGGGAACUGGCUCAGCAGGGGAAGAAACCCUUCUACUUAAAGAAAUCUGAGAAGCGGAAAUUGGAGCUAGCAGAGAAGUAUGCGGAGCUGAAGAGGAGUGGAAAGCUGGAGAGCUUCCUGAACAAGAGGAGGAAGAGGAAUGCCAUCAAAGACAAGUGCCGGCUGCCCUCACAGAAGAGCCUAUGACUGCUGUUGUCUAGAGAGGGAAUGCUGCCACUGGGAUUUGCUCUGUCCUGACUGGAUCUUGAGGACUGCCAUCCCUCUUCCCCAUAUCUGCCUUUCACUUUACAGUGAUGCUAUUCACCAGCAGAGCAGAGGCUGGCUGAGCUGAAGAAAAUGUGCUUUUGGAAACUGAAAUACCCUCCUGGGGCUUACACCACAUUCAGGUGGUGAGGAAGUCCAUUGUGCAGAUUCAUGUGGAAUUGACAGCUGACUCUGUUCUUGGACCUGCUUUUCUCCUUCUCUAAGAGAGCACAAGCCCUGAGCUGCAUUGCUGACUCUUCAGCCACCAGCUAAAGUGGGAAGACACUGUGGGAGGGCUCUGGUCCAAUACCUGCUCAGAGCAGGGCCAGCACUGAGUUCAGAUCAAGUUGCUCAAGGCUUGCUCCAGUUGAGUCUGGAAACCUCCAAGGACAGAGAGGCUGCCACCUGUCUGGGCCCCUGAUCUGCUGCUUCAUAUCCUCAGGGUGAAACUCUUCCCCUCCCCUUACCUCCAGUAGGAAUUUGCCUGGUUUUGAUUUAUGAUCACUGUCUCUUGUUCGCAUAGAGUGCCUGGCUCUGUCUUCCCAAUAACCUCUUCAUAGGUGCAGGAAGGUCUCCCCCAAGCUGCCUCUUCCAGGCUGAACAAGUCCUGUUCCUUCAGCCUUUCCUCACAGGUCAAGUGUUCCAGCCCCUGACAGUUUUCAUGUGCAGGUCAGAUGCACAGAUCAGCACCUUCUAAGGGCCCAGACUGGGUAUAGUAUCCAGAAGUAGUCUCAAGUGCUGAGUAAAGGGGGAUAAUUACAUCCCUUGACCAGUGGGCUGCACUCUUGGCCACGCAGCCCAUGCUGUGGCUGGCCUCCCUUGCUGCCAGGGUGUGCUGUUGAUUGUGUUUAGCUACAGUUGCCCAGGAUCUUUCCAGCAGAGUUGCCCCCCUUGUCAGCCUGGUCCCUAUAGUGCUGUUAGUGCUUUUAGGUAACACUGAUUCUGUGUAAAAUAAAACUUAAUUUUUCCUUUAA